GUUUUCGACAUGCAGGGCGUUCAGGGACAUGCUUCAGGAGGUGGGUUACGUUGCUGGUCAGCACGAAGUCAUCGCAGAAAACCUGACGACCAGCGUGGUUCGAGAAAUUCAGAAUCAAGUCCGAGAGCUGAAGGACGAGCGCAAAAAGAGCCUACAAGAAGGAGCGAGGCUGCAAAACAUUCUGACGAGCCAAUUGGCAGCUUUGGAGAGAAGCAAGAAAAGCUACGAGAAAGCGUGGCGAGAUGCAGAAAAGGCGCAAGACACGUUUCAGAAAGCAGACGCUGACCUCAAUUUGUCCAGAGCAGAAGUGGAGAAACACAGGAACAAUAAUUCCAUUAAAUCUCAACAGUGCGAAGAAGCCAAGAACGAAUAUGCUGCUCAACUCCAGCGAACAAAUGAGCUCCAGCGUCAACAUUAUAAUGAACUGAUGCCGUCAGUGUUCAUGAGUCUGCGGAACCUGGACAAUAAGCGGAUUCAGAAUUAUCAGGCUGCCAUGCGACGGUACGUUGAGGUGGAAAGAGACGUGGAACCCAUUAUCUCGAAAUGUUUGGACGGAGUUCUGAACGCUGCUGAUGCUAUCGAAGAAGACGAGGACUCGAGGCUAGUGAUAGAAAAGUUCAAGUCGGGGUUCCCGAUCCCGGGAGACUUCCCUUUCGAGGACCUGAGUGCGAUGAAGUCCGGGGAAUCCUCGACGACGCUGAACGGC